AUGGCCGUCGUAGGAUCUCACAUCUGGUGGCCUCUGUGGUCUCCACCUAAGGACUGGUCACCUCGGGGCGUGGUCUUGCUGGUGGCGUCUCCAUCCUGCAGGGCGAAGGCUUUCCUGACCACGCCCCUGCUGAAAAGGACCGAAUCGGUGGCGCUCUUGUGCCCAGAAAUCCAGGACGCCCCUGGAAUGGACGUAUCCUACGCCCUCCUGACGUGGCUGCCGUUCGCUUCUGCCCGGAGGUUGGAGAGGAUAGGCGCGUGGGACGCCGCGACCUUCCAGUCCUUCGGGAGCGUAUUUCCAGACCGCUUCCGCUACUUCCAUGGGAAGGAGGUGGGCGUGGCCAGCAACGCCGACGACAGACCUCUCUUCUUCCAGCGGGAGGACGGCCAGUUCGACGGGACGAACUAUCGGAUGCUGGAAACUCUGGCCAGAUGGCUCAAUUUCAGUUUCUCCUUCACGGCUGAUCCCUUGUGGGGCGAACGAGACGCCAACGGUACCUGGACAGGUAUCCUGGGUUACCUGCAUCGAGGGGAGAGGGACCUGGUCCUUAAUUACAUCACCUUGACACCUGAGAGAGUCGAGGAUUUUGACAUCUCGGUCACUUACCACUCGGAAGGCUUCGGCAUCAUGCUUAAGGUCCCACCUCCGCUACCCAGCUGGCAGAAUCUCGUGUUUCCCUUCACGACAGAGCUCUGGAUCGCCGUCGGUGUCGGCACCGUCGUCGUAGGGAUCUUCUUCCACUUCUAUAACAGGAGAUUCGUGAAGUCGUUCUCGAGUAAUUUCCUGACGAUCUUGCAAACGGUCCCCGAUAACUGGAGCGUCCGAUGUUUCCUUUGCCUUUGGCUGUUCCUGUCGUGGAUCCUAGCGGUAUCCUACACCUGCAACCUCAUAGCAGUCCUGACGGUCCCCGUGUAUCCUAGAAGAUCGAGACCCAUUCAGCAACUCGCUCAUACAAAGCCCAGAAUGUGCAUGGUGGACUACGGAGAAUUCGUCCCCGAAGCUCUAGCCACCUCCACAGACGCCACGUUAUCCGCCCUGGGGGCCAAAAUGGACCUGGUGCCUAUUGUUGAACCCCUUCCCUACAUGGGCGAGGAAGGCUGCAUUGCCCUGGUCCUGGCUGGAACCCACGCCCACACGGAAACGUACGCCUACAUGGAGAUCAUGUACAGUAACCUGGGCCACGGAGCGGACGUCUACUCCCUGAAGAAGCAGCUAUACGAGGGGAAUUUAGCCUUCGUCUUCAAGAAAGGAACGCCUUGGAGGUACAAGUUCAACCUGGGAAUUCAGAGCAUGGUCGAGUCGGGGCUGGUGGAGAAAUGGUACAAGGAGCUUAUGUCCGAGUUCGAGAAGAAGAAUAUUGAGGUAACUGAACCCGAGGAUGGGGGCGUGUCUCAAUUGCAACCUCUGUCAGUGGCCCAUCUCCAAGGUCCUUUUUUCAUAGUCCUGAUAGGACUGGUCGCGUCCUUCUUAGCACUCACAGACAGGCGGGAGAACAGAGGGACGGUUUCUCUCUUCGAGACAGAGGCGUCUUUAACCGCGCCUUCUUCUUCUUCUUCUUCUCCUUCUUCUUCUUCUUCUUCUUCUUCUUCGCCGUCUCCUCAUAGUGCAAGGAUGACCUUGCAGUUGACCAACGCUCCGCGCCAGGUCCUGCGGCGGAGUCGUGACAGGUAUUCGUAG